AUGCGGUUCGGUGCGGUGCGGUGCGCGCCAGAGGGCCGGUGUGCGCAAGUCAGCGCGGAGAUGACCAGGCCGGCGUCCGCGCAGUUCUACCAGGCAGUUAUUGGCAGAAUGGCCAUGAGGACUGACACGGCCUCCCAUCUGCUAGUGCUGCUGUGCUCCGUCACUGUCUACGGAGCCCCUUCUCGUGGAGUCUCAGACGACGCUCUACGAAAUAUCUCGGAAACGUUGUUGGCGAAUGACGUAAACAAUGCUGCAAAACACAUUCGAAUCAACUAUCAAUCGCGCACUGAUUCCAACAGUGCCACUGACGAUGCUCCUGACCCACUUCUCACUGUUGCAUCAGAAGCUCUCAACAUAUCUACAGUUUCAAUGUUACGAAAAACAUUUGAUAACUACGUAGCAGACACUAGAGUUAAUGAGCAAAUAACAGAUGAAGAAAUGAACGAAGAAAAUAAUCUUUUAAAUGCCUUUAUAGCAACUCCUAUAAUGGAACAUACAUCAGUUUUUAUCUAGCUACGAUUUCAUGACAAAAGAUCCAAAUGCCUUGAAGAACCUUUUACGAGAUCUAUGGUUUUCAAUGUAUUCUCGUAGUGGUGAUACAAUGGGAUCAAGUGGUUUUGAACACGUCUUUCUGGGCGAGUUGAAGAAAGGAAAAGUUUCAGGAAUGCAUAACUGGAUCUUCUUCACUACCGAGGAAGCCAAGAAUACUGCAAACUAUAUGGGAUAUUUAAAAAAACUAGAUCUAGGGGAAAAAGGCGAUGUCGUGAAGAUUCACUACAAAUGGUCUAAUGCUAUGAAACCUGUAGGUUCAAAUGUUUGUGGGUACUAGGCCCUGAAUUGAAAUGGCGCUAUAACAAAUUUGCUUUCUCGGCCAGAGCCAAAUGGAAGAUGGCAAUAGUCAUUUGGCGAACAAAAGCUGUCACUAUUCGAACCAUACAUUUCGUUCCAAGGGGAGAAGACUGUAAUUUGGAAGUGCAUUCCCUGGAUAAUUUGA